UUGAUACAGAUCAGGUGAACGAGCUGGUGGCUUUGAUUCCUUACAGUGAUCAGAGACUGCAGCCUCAGCGGACGAAGCAGUAUGUGGGUCUAUCUGUGAUUGUUUGUUUGUUCGUUUGUUCCCUUGUGACCUUUUUCAUGUUCCCUCGGCCGGUGCUGGUGGAGGACGGAGGGAUUCGGUCUGUCAUCAUCCAUUUCGACCACGACACCAGCCGUGUGCUCAUAAACAUGACUAAUGCCCUGAAGUUUAACAACUGGAACUUCUUCACCGUGUUGGUGGACAGCGUGAGCAGUCAGGUUCUCUACAUGAAGACGGUCAUUGGCACUCAGCAGCUUGACAACAUCAUCAGAAUCCAACCACUAAGCCAGAGACAGAUGAACUUCACUGUGAAUGUGGAGAUCAGCGGGUCGCUGUCCUACGUAUAGUGAGUUCAUUUUUACUUUUUUGCUACUACUGAGUUCAAAUUUAGCAACUGAGUCGCUUAGUUUAUGCUAAUGUUUUAGCCUGUGUGUGUGUGUGUGU